AUGUUUGUCCUAUAUUUACAGGGUGAGGCACUAAGACAGAGCCUGUUGACAAGGUACUAUGGUAAAGAGCACCCCCGAGCACAUAGGGACAGUAUACAUGAGGCCCCAGGCCCGGCCAAAUCAUCACAUACCAGUGGGGGACCCGGCUCAGUCAUGUUGAGUAGAGCAGAGAUGACACUUUCUGCAGUGCAGUGUCAUUUAGACAAAGAAGGGGCUUCAGACCUUGUUGUUGAUUUGAUUAUCAAUAACCAUAGCAACCGCAUCUUCCUGGAGACUGUUGAACUAGGAAUUGCUCUUUUAGAGGGUGGCAACAGUGUGAUUCAAAAAUCAUUCUUUGUUCGUGUUACCAUGGACAAGAACUCGGAGAAGUUCUUUAAAGUGUUCUUUGACCGCAUGAGGGCAGCCCAGGCAGAGAUUAAAGCGACUGUAACAGUGAACACCAGUGACCAGUUCCAGGUGGGUAAGAAACACUUGGAAGGACAUGGGCAUGGGCAUCAACAUGGCCAUGGACACCACAAAGAGGAACAUGCACACAAGAAUGGUAAGCCAAAUGGUGUCUUAGUCAACAAUGAACUUAAGGAACAAAUGGACGAAGCCUCUGACACCACUGGGAAAGCUCUCGCAAAUGUACGUCACAGCCGUGGUGGUUCAGUAGGUGCUGACGACCAAGCUCAACACCAAGUGAUGUCUAUUGAUGAUAUGAUCGCUGACAAGAACAAGGAGAAAGAUGAUGAGAAACCAACAAUGUCACCAGAGAUAGCAAUGAUGCAACCAAUACUGAGGUUUCUGCAGUUAUUGUGUGAGAACCAUAACAGAGAUUUACAGAACUUUCUGAGAAACCAGCAGCAGAAGAAUUCAUUUAACCUUGUAUGUGAAACGCUGCAGUUCCUUGAUUGUAUUUGUGGCAGCACCACUGGGGGCCUUGGACUCCUUGGCCUUUACAUCAAUGAAGGCAAUGUGGCCCUCAUCAACCAAACCUUGGAGAGUCUCACUGAAUAUUGUCAGGGACCCUGUCAUGAGAACCAGAAUGCUAUAGCAACACAUGAGAGCAAUGGGAUUGACAUCAUUAUUGCUCUCAUCCUCAAUGAUAUUAACCCUCUUGGCAAACAGAGGAUGGACCUAGUGCUGGAACUCAAGAAUAAUGCCUCUAAGUUACUGCUAGCCAUCAUGGAGAGUAGACACGACAGUGAGAAUGCUGAGAGGAUCCUUUACAACAUGAGUCCUAAACAAUUGGUCGAUGUCUGCAAACAGGCCUUCUACCAGGACAACAGUGAUGAGGCAGAGAUCGAUGAUGAAGACGAAGAGGAUGAAGAGGAGGGUGCAUCUCCAAAAGAUGUUGGUCAUAAUAUCUAUAUUCUCGCUCAUCAGUUGGCCCAACAUAACCAAGACCUGGCUGAGCUGUUGAAGCCUGGCAAUGGUGAUGCUACAGGGGACCAAGCUUUAGAAUACUAUGCAAAACACACUGCUCAGAUUGAAAUUGUUCGACAUGAUCGUACGAUGGAACAGAUAGUGUUUCCUAUCCCAGAGAUCUGUGAGUACCUGACAGAGGAGACGAAGACCAAACUCUACGUCACUGCAGAACGAGAUGACCAAGGGAGUAAGGUCACAGACUUCUUCGAACAAGUGGAUGAUUUAUUUGCUGAAAUGAAAUGGCAGAAAAAGCUAAGAGCAAGCCCAGUGCUAUUCUGGUUUAGCAGUCACAUGUUCCUGUGGAGCAGUAUUACUUUUAACCUUGCGGUGCUUGUCAACCUUAUCGUGGCCUUCUUCUACCCCUUUGAUGAGAAUAAAACAGAAAUCAGCCCCAGGCUGUCUCUGUUAAUCUGGACAUCUAUGUUGGUGUCCCUAGCCAUUGUGAUUACCCUCCCCCGACCCUCAGGGAUCUGGACUCUAACUGCUUGUAUAAUACUCCGGAUGAUAUUCUCUAUAGGGGUGGAACCAACCCUAUGGAUCAUAGGCAUACUCAAUAUAACCAAUAAAACAGUGUAUCUCAUCAGUCUGAUGGGCAACAGAGGCACAUUUACAAAGUCUUUCAUGGCCAUAUUGACUGACUUUGAGUUCAUGUACCACUCCAUGUAUUACUUAGGUCUGUGUAUUUGUGCCAUGUUUAUACAUGAGUUCUUCUAUAGCUUACUGCUGCUGGACAUAGUUUACCAGGAAGAAACUCUGCUCAAUGUGAUCAAGUCAGUGACUCGCAACAGUCGCUCCCUCCUCCUCACAGCCGUCCUGGCUGUCAUCAUCAUUUACAUCUUCAGCAUCAUUGGCUUCAUCUUCUUCAAGGAGGACUUUCAGAUGGAGGUCGACAUUCUCGAAUCUACAGGCAUUGAUAAAAAUGUUGUUGAAGCAGCUACAACUGUUGCAGCAACAGCUGGUGCUACAGCAGGGACAUGUAUGGCCAACAAAUCAUGCCCUCCAUCAAAACCCACUGGUCCUGAGGUGCCAGAAAAGAACCAUAGUGAUACAUUACAAGAUGCAGUAAAUAAAACAGAAAAAAUCAUCUCUGACUUAGCAGCCCAUGAUGAUGACCCUGAGAAAGAGGACCAUUGCAGUACACUUAUCAUGUGUAUCCUCACAUCUCUUAAUGAAGGACUCAGGAAUGGAGGCGGGAUUGGAGAUAUCCUGAGGAAACCUAGUGUCGAUGAGUCCUUGUUCAUGGCACGUGUUGUGUAUGAUCUCCUCUUCUUCUUCAUUGUUAUUAUUAUCAUCCUGAACCUCAUCUUUGGUGUCAUCAUCGACACAUUUGCUGACCUUAGGAGUGAAAAACAACAGAAAGAAGAAAUAUUAAAAAAUACUUGUUUCAUAUGUGGCUUAGACAGAGGUUCGUUUGACAACAAAUCAGUGUCAUUUGAAGAGCACAUUCGCACUGAGCAUAAUAUGUGGCACUACUUAUAUUUUAUUGUGUUGGUCAAAGUGAAGGAUCCAACUGAGUUCACAGGGCCAGAGAGCUAUGUGUAUGCUAUGGUGAAUAAUAAAAACCUUGACUGGUUCCCACGCAUGCGUGCAAUGUCCCUAGCAGCAGAUGACGGUGAGGGUGAGCAGAAUGAAUUGAGGAACUUCCAGGCCCAGCUAGAGAGCACAAACAAACUCGUCUUAACUCUCUCAGGGCAACUCUCAGAACUCAAAGACCAGAUGCAGGAACAGCGCAAACAGAAGCAGCGGAUUGGACUAUUGAACACACCCUCACUUCCUGUGAUGGCAAAUUCUAACUGA